UUUCCCAGCAUGCCUCGGCUCUGGAGGUGUAUGAGGGGGUGGAGUCUGUCCUGCUGACCUGCAAGGACACUUCUGUACCUUUUGACCCCACUCUGAUGUGGACUCGCCACGACCUCGAUCCUCCAAUCGUCCACGAGUGUAAUGAUGCAGGAGAUGAACUGACAGAUCAAAACCAGCGUUACAGGAGACGAACGUCCAUGAAGACGGACUCUCUGAGGACCGGAGACUUCAGCCUCACUCUGAGGAACCCCAUCAUCUCUGACAGCGGCACCUACACCUGCACCAUCACUGCAUUUGGAAAUGAACGGACACUGACAGCAGUAGAGCUGCAGGUCAAAGGUCAGCAACACACCCAAAAACCCGCUGAGACUACGAGAGUGUCCCACCAAGUCUUCACCCUGGAGGUGUACGAUGGGGCGGAUGGUGUGGAGCCGCUACGACCUCAAUCCUCCAACCGUCCACCAGCGUCAGCAGGAAGAGGACGAGCGGACAGAUCAAACCAGCGUUACAGAGACCGAACAUCCAUGAAGACUGACGCUCUGCAGACUGGAGACUUCAGCCUCACUCUGAGGAAACCCCACAUCUUUGACAGCGGCAACUACACCUGCACCAUCAGAGUGAGGGGAGAAGAACCCAGACUGACAGAUGUUCAGCUGCAGGUCAAAGAGCCGUACAUCUUUCCUGCUGAGGCCUGGGUUCUCCUGGCUGUCAUGAUUAUUGCUGCUACUGUGGCACUUGGAGUGUAUUUAUGGAAGUUACUGAAGAAAGUCCCAAAGGUGGAGGUGAAUUCAGGGGUGGAGUCUGUCCAGCUGCCCUGUAAAGCCACACUUCACCUGCCUGAAGACGUCAGAGUGGAGUGGACGAACAGAAAAAACAGGAAGGUCCACGUGUAUGAGGAUAACUGUGAUCAGCCUGAAGAACAGCACCAGGUUUACAGAGACCGAACGAAGAUGAAUGAAGACCUGCUGAAAACUGGAGACCUCAGUCUGACCCUGAAACAGCCCACAGGCUGGGACGCAGACACCUACACCUGCACCGUCUACAGCAGGAGGGAGAAAAUCCUGAUGAAGAACAGAGUGCAGCUCUAUGUCAGAGGUCAGUGA